AUCAUCUCAAACAAAUUCCCAUAUAAGUGUACUGUGGAGUGUAAUGCUCCAUUAUCCAGCCUAUACACGAUACAGUAACUGCUUUAUCAAUAGAGGCUUAGGGAUUGUACCCUCAAAGAACUGUUCGCUGCAAACAAUGUCAGUGACGUAUUCAAAUAUACAAAGUGAAACUUGAGGAAACAAAGAAAAAUUUCGUGGGAUGUAAAUGAACAAAAAAUGUAUUUCAAGACCGAAGCAGUACCGAGAACACAUGUGAGAAUUUUGUGUAAACUUACACCAGACCUUUGACAAUGUAUUGUGGUGCAAAGGCGCUCACGCUGAGCUCAUUUGUUCUGGGAGCGAUUUCCAUCGGUACGUUGUCGCUGUCUGUCGCAACCGACUCCUGGCUAUUUACAGAGGAGGACAUGGACUGUGUGAUUGAAAACAUCACUGUAAAACUCCCUGUGAAAGUCCGGUCCGGGCUGUUCCGUUUCUGUACCAUCGGCUCUGAUGAGGAUGCAGAUGACGAUUGUGUAACUUUGAAUAUAAAUCUGAACGAGGAGCGUUUGGAGGAGCGCCUCACGUCAACAUCUAUUAUGCGCGCUAACAGGGUAUCCACAGUGUUUCCUAUCAUAUCUCUGGUCCUGUUGGUGAUUGCCACCACGCUCAGUGUCAUCGGAAACAUCAAACACGACGUCAAAACCCUCAUCUCCUCUGGGAUCCACAUCUUAUCAGGACUGAUGUUAGCUGUGGGCAUUAUUCUCUACAUAUCCGCUAUCAAUGAUGAAGUUGGACAUCGUCCAAAGCCGUCAGAGGCGGAUGACGACACCAAAAAGUUCGACUACGAGUAUGGAUGGUCAUUUUUCUUCGCUGGAACCUCAUUCCUCCUGAUUAUGACAACCGCCGUGAUUCUGGUGUCGCUGUAUUUACAACGAAACUCCAGACGUGAAGAUCUUGUCAAGAUUAUCCCCGGUCUGGGCGACAUGAUGGAUGCUGACCUCGCCGAUGACGUCUUUGCUAGUAAUAACCCCACCAUCAUUUUGUGAAAUUACGGAUCCCUUUAUCAGAGUAAACUUGCGGAGAAAUUUAUUACAUGACACAUAGCAAUAUUCGUUUCCACUGUGAUAACUUGAGAGGUUGUGUUUGAUAGAACUAUCAUCUUAACAACUGCUGAUUACUGCCCCUAUGCUCAACUUUACACAACUACAUUCAUUUCACAGAUGUGGACUAACUUAUUAUUAUAUGUCAGUGUUAUCAUAUACAUAUUGUGCAACUUAAUCAUUAAAAAAUUUCUACAUUA